GUAUCAUGUAGCAUCCUCCCUCCCUCACUUGACAUUUCGGAUUCUUUGAAAAAGAGAUUGAGUCAAUUGCAAUGGAGGAAUCUGGUUGUCCGGCUGAUUUCCGAUGCCCGAUUUCCAUGGACCUCAUGAGCGAUCCGGUGACGAUCUCUACGGGCGUCACCUACGACCGCAAGAACAUAGAGAAAUGGUUCUUCACUUUCAAGAAGACUACCUGUCCCGCCACCAUGCAAUUUGUCCACAGCUUCCACCUCACUCCCAAUCACACCCUCAAGCGACUCAUCCUCUCCUGGCAGAACACUCAAUCUUCCUCAUCUCCUCCUCCGCCUCCGCCGUUCUCCGCCAAGCACGACGAGCUGGUCUCCCUCCUCAGCACAGUCGAAUCCUCUCCGUUUAAGGUCACCGCCUUGAAAAAGCUCCGAUCCAUUGUCGAAAUUGGGGACGAGACUAAAUCGGAUUUCAUCCGAUCCGGUGGCGUUGAAAUUCUCGCUCGAAUAAUCGUUCAGAUUCUAAUCGACGUUUUCGAUUUCGUCGCGUUCCGAGCGUGCGAAGAGGCGCUCGGCGUUCUGCAUAAGCUUCCGUUGUCGGAUUCGGAAGAUCAAAACAGUACAUUCGAAAUUUUGUCAAAAACAGAGUGCGUGAAAUCAAUGGCGAUUAUCCUUCAAAGAGGAAGCGCCGAAGCGAGGCUCCAUGCGUCAACGAUUUUCAGGAAAAUGGCGAAGACUACUUCCGGUUACAAUUGGAAUUUCUUGCUUCAAGAUCAAGGCAUAGAUUUCUUCAAAUCUCUGUUAGAGUUGGUUUCCGACCAGAUCUGCAGCAAGGCGAGUUCAUGUGCGCUGGAGUUUCUAAUCGAGAUCUUAGAAACGUCGAAGAAGAGCCGAUUCAAGGCGAUAGAGUCCGGCGCCGUCUGCGUCCUAAUUGAGCUCUUACCGGAUUCAAACAGAUCCAAAAGCGAGAAAAUUUUGUUUCUGAUAAAGUUACUCUGCGAAUGCGCGGAAGGAAGACAGGCGCUGGUGGAGCACGGGUUGGGAAUCGCCGCCGUAUCUAAGAAACUGAUGCUGGUCUCCAACACGGCGACGAAGAUCGGCGUGAGGAUCAUGUGGCUGGUCGGAAGUUUUCAUCCAACGGAGAGAGUUUUGGACGAAAUGCUGAUGUGUGGAUCGGUGAAGAAGCUUUUGGCGUUGCUGCAUUUGGACGGUAGAUCGUCGACGAAGGAGAAGGUGAUCAAUAUGUUGAAAUUGCAUGGGAAUUAUUGGAGUAAAUAUCCUUGUUUUCCUCAUGAGAUGAAGAAUUAUUUGGGGUUUUAACUAAUUAAUUGUAUUGCCAUAGAAAAAUUAAUAUGCAAAAUGCAAUACAAAUUUUCACAAUAUAAAUGAUCUUGAGAAUG